UUAAAACUAGAUCACGGGGUGUGCUCCCUGAGAUGAACUGGGACAACCAGCUGAGCGCCAUUCUGUCUGAGGCAGAUGGCAGCGUGGCCAAGAUCAGGGAGAGAUUGGCUUCAUCGGGGAAAUUCUCCAAAGGAAGAGAAGAUCUGUUUCCAGUGAGAGAGGUGAAUCAUGAUCCAGAUUUGGGCCUGCCUUCGCUUCCUCCCCCUCGAGUCCCCCUCCCCCAGCAGCCCAUCUCAUCCUCUAGUCCUGGUGUGAAAUGGGGAGAUGUAGCUGCUGUCCAGUCACAACUUCAGAUACAGAGUCAGGCAAUUGAGUGUCUCACACAGAAACUCCAUGACAUGGACAGGGGGAGACAGUCUCAGCAACGCCACAUCCAGACUCUACAAGAGGAGAUUCAUCGGCUACGUGAGGAGUCAAAAGAGAGGGAGAGAGAGAGGAGGGAACAAAGUCCGGGAGCAGAGAGAAUGAUGGAGCAAUGGCGGAGAGAGGUUGGACGUGAGCUGAGCAGUCUCCGGGGACACAUCACCAGAGCCACGUCGCUAGGCAACUUCGAGGAGAGUUUUAGUUCAAAGCUCCGCCGAGAGGAACUUGAGCAACUGCGGAGAGAGGUCGACCAACUGAAAACUCGACUUAAGAGACAGGAGGAGGACAUGUUUCUCCAGCAGUCGGAGGCCAGAGAGACCAGGAGGCAAUACGAACGCAGCUGCAAGACACUGGAAGAGCUCACAGACAGCUACAGAACACAUUGCUUUGACCUUGCCAAAACUGUUUCUCAGUACACUCACACACAACAAGAGGUCCGCCAAAUUAGCGUAACUGUGUCAGAGCUGAAAGAUGAGGUUAGGAAUCUUAUCAUCAGGGAACACCAACCCACACCAGUGCUGUCGCCACGCAUAUCUGCAUUAGUUCCUGGAUCAGUCUCUGUCCCAGCCCCAGCCCUGGCCCCAGUCCCAAGCAGUCACAGCAGACGGGUCAGAGUCCAGAAGGUGGAGUCAGACUCUGACUCGGAGGACUUUAGCCCCACCCCGAGCCUGGCUGAAAUCAGUUCAGAUGACCUGUCAUGGCUGGAUGACAAAGAACCAGCACUUCAUAAAAAAGGUAUCCCAAGGGUACGUCUGAGCACUCGGUCCAGGCGAAGUGACUUUAUCGAUCCAAGCAGUGAUCUGGAGGAGGAGGAUGAUGAUGGUGAGGAGGAAGAGGAUAAUGAUUUCCUUGAUGAUGAUGUGAAUCCAGCAUCUGACCUAAGCCUUAAUGACCUCUGACAUUUGAAAACGGUGCUCUGAUCAGACUGGACAGAUGAUCAGAAGAUGACAGUGAAGAGACCGCCUGCUUUUCCAAUAAGCUUCACACAGCUAGGUAUUACUGUCAUUAAGCAGAAACUAUAAUUGCACAAAUUAUUAUUUGCGUUUAUUAUAUCUAUCAUGUCUAUCUUUAUUAAACUGCCUGGAUUAGCGGAUGGGUGUUUGGGAGUUUUCUCUUCUGGAGUUCUCAGCCAGAUAUGUUACCACAAAUGAAUUAUACUUUCUGGAAAUACUAAACAUUAGAAUUUUGAAAUACUUUUUAAUGAUUAUGUAAACUGACUGGCACUUCUUGUCUUAUGUAGCAGACCUUACCUCUCUCUAUGUUCAGCCAGACAUAGUGGCGAUACUACUCACCGCAGUAUCGCUUUCUGCCAGUCUUGUCACUCAGAUCUCUCGGAUCUGCUGAAAUGUGAAAGGGAUUAAGGCGGAAGAAACUGCUGAGACUGGAAUUGCUGGAAACUGUUUGAUUUAUCUUCUUUAAUUGUCCCCAUAUGUACAGGCUGAUAAUAUCCUGAGAAACAAAUUCUCUGAGGAGGAUGACAGCCAUUACAGCAGUCUAGGGACCCCCACAUGCACACACACACACACACACACACAAUCUUAUUUUGUCAGCUGAUUUGUGCAUGUAUUCUGUCUUUUCCAUACAUCACAGCAAUUUUUGGAAUAAAAACUUUAGUAUAGCAAACUAAGAUCUCUUACCAUUACAAUACUGUUGUGAUUUGAUGUCAUAUCAGGUUUUAAAAGUCACAUGCCUUUCGACUGUGUGAUGAGGAAAAUGUAAGUUGUGGUUUACUUUUAGAUUGGUAUCUUUAAGCCUUGGGCGGCGCGGUGGCGCAGUGGUUAGCGUGGUCGCCUCACAGCAAGAAGGUCCUGGAUUCGAGCCCCGGGUUAGUCCAGCCUUGGGGGUUGUCCCGGGUUGUCCUCUGUGUGGAGUUUGC